AUGCCUCAAAACGGUCAGCGCAAUGGUGCGGAAAAUAGCAUACGAAAGAAAUCCUCUCGUACAAAUUCCACCACCCAAACCGGUGACACUGGGUCGGUCUUCCUGUCAAACAGCCAUUCUGAGCUGUCACCAGAUUAUCCACAGAGGGACACUCACGAGGUCGGGACUCCUCUGAGUGUGACAAGUGGCUCGACGACUCUGUCCAGUGAAUCUAAUGGAGGAAACUAUCGGCUGGGUACAAUUAAGCGCGCGGCAGAAAUCGACUUUAUGAAGUUCACGUAUCCAAAUUGGUCCAUCGGCGUGGAGGGUUCGCGGCAGGAACCCUCAGACUGUUUGGUGGAGAACUUGAUAUUUCCAGGCGGCAACGCCAACCAACGAGCUUCACCAAAGCGAACCGGCAAACCUCCGCCACAGCAGAUUCUUAGACCUGCCAGUGACCUACGGAUUGACACUCGAAUUGGUAGUCGUUUCUAUGCAAGGCGAGAUGAUAUAGAACAUGUCAGUUCCUCUCCAUCGUGA